AUGCAUUACAUCCAGAUGGCACAUGCUAAUAGUACCAAUGCGAUCCAAAAUGUAUAACAUGUUUGGAUACCAAUCCAGAGUAUUGUACCACUUGCGAUAGCUUGAAAUAUGAAAUAGCUGAAAAUGGUAUCUGCAAAUGCAAACCAGAAUAUGGUUUGCAAGAGGGAAACUGUGUUCCUUGUACUGAAGUUAAUUGCUACGAUUGUCUUGAUGAUUUUUAAUUCUGUAUUUUGUGUAAACCAGGAUAAAAUAGAAUAGUAGAAAACCAAUAAUGUGUUUGUUAACCAGGAUCAUAUGAUCCCCAAAAUGAAGACUAGAUAUGCCUUGGUAAAUUAAUAUAAUGAUUUCUAGCUUGUGACUAUUCUUGUCUAAAUUGUUUUGGUCCAUCAAAUGUAGAAUGUACUAAAUGUUUAGAUGAAGACAUCUCAAACAGAAUUUUAGUUUACAAUUCUUGUCAAUGUAAAAUUGGAUAUGCUGAUUUUCAACUACAAGAAUCAAAAUGUGGAAGUAUUUUGAAUGUUAAGUUUAGAAUGCCAUCCCAGGUGUGUUACAUGUUCCUAAGCAGCAGAUGAGACUACAAACUAAUAUUGUCUAACUUGUAUUCCAGGAGAAAAUCGAGUUGUUUCUGCUCAGCUAAAAUGUGAAUGCUAAGAAAAUUAUGGUGAUAAUUUUGGCACCAAGGAAGUUUGUUUUAGUACUUCUAUUAAAUAUACAUAGUAUGCGAUUAUACUUGUGGGAGUUGUGAUGAUGCUGGACCAACACAUUGUGUUGAAUGUUUAGAAAAAUCUGGUAGAUAUUUGACAGCUUCAGGAGAAUGUUUAUGCAAAACUUCAUAUUUUGAUGAUUAAACAUAAAAUAUAGAGUGUUCAAGUAAUAUUAAUAAGAUAUCAUAAAUAGAAUGUCAUUACUCAUGUUUAUUAUGUUAAAACUCAGCUUAGAGUAAUGCAUGUUUGCAAUGUCCUUUAACUAGGGAACCUAGUGAUCCAUUAGCUACAACAUUUGAAUGUAAUUGUGCGUCCUUAAACUCUUUUGAUGAUGGAGUUUCACCAAAUUGUCCAUCAUGUGAUUAUACUUGUUAAACUUGUAAUGGUCCUCUUUCAUCUAAUUGUUUAACAUGCGAUUCAACAUAUCGAUAAUUAGAUUUAUCAACUUGUGUAUGUCUAAUUGGAUAUUAUGAUAUUGGAUAAUUAGAAUGUGCAAGUAAGGAUUAUUAAAUAUUAAUAGAAUGUCAUUAUUCUUGUUACUAAUGUUUUGAUAGUACUAUAGAAGGUUGUAUUUCUUGUUCUAUGGAUCUACAUUUUAGACUAUUAAAAGGUAAUAUUUGUAAAUGUAUUGAUGGAUAUUAUGAUGAAUUAGGAAAUGCUAAGUGUAAAAGUAAUUUUUAUAUUUAAAAAUCAAUUAGAAUGUUCAUAUAAAUGUGCAACAUGUGAAACUCAAUCAGAUAAGUGUUUGGAUUGUCCAUUAAAUUCCUUACGUACUCUUGAUCCCAUUAAGGGAUGCUUUUGUUAAGGAGAGUAUUAUGAAAAAGAAAAUGAAAUAGCUUGUUAAAGUAAUUUUAAAAUGAAUUAUAGAAUGUCAUUUCAAAUGCAAAGCCUGUGAUGGUUAAAAUCAAAAUAAUUGUGUCUCUUGUGAUUCUGUUGCAAACAGAGAAUUAAAAAUUAAUGAAUGUAAAUGUUAACCACAUUACUUUGAAACGGAAGUUUAGGAAUGUGCUGGUAAUAUUAUAUCUAAAAGAUAGUUUGUAGUUCAUUUUGUUAUGAAUGUAUUAACAAUUUUGAUAAUUGUACUUCAUGCGCAAAUGAUAGAUAUUUAGUAGGAAGUACAUGUAGGUGUAUAACAAAAUUUGACGGAUCAGAAAUAAGUACAUUUGAUUAUAACGGAUUGGUAAAAUGUUAAAGUAAUAAAUAAAAAUAAUCAUUAGAGUGUCAUCAUUCAUGUGGAACAUGUUUAGGAAUUGAAGAAGGUGAUUGCCUUAAUUGUAUAGAAUCUGAUCACAGAUACUAAGUAGGAAAUACUUGUGUUUGUGAUGAAGGAUAUUUUGAUGCAGGAUUGCCUGUCUGUCAAAGUAUUAAAAAUUUAUAAUUAAUAGAAUGUAAUUAUAAAUGUAAAGGAUGUUUAAAGUAAAUAGAAAGUUGUAUUUCUUGUCCAGAUAACAGCUUUAGAUAAUUUGUUUCAGGUUUUAAUAGAUGCUAAUGUAUAGAAAGAUAUUAUGAUGAUGGAUAGAAUGAAAUUUGCUAGAGUAUUUAUAACUUUUAUUAAUUUUAGAAUGCCAUUAUUCAUGUCUCAGAUGUAAUGAUAUUGAAACAAAAUGUGAAUUGUGUUCAAUUUAAUCUGAUAGAAUUUACAAUGAUUAGCUUUUUUCUUGCGAUUGUAAUAUCGGAUAUUAUGAUAUUGGAAUUGAAAAAUGUUAAAAAUGUCACUACUCCUGUUUAAGUUGCAAUUCUGGAGAUGCUAAUUCCUGUGAUUCAUGUUUAGCUAUGAAUGAUUCAAAUAGAGUAUUUUAUAUAAAUACCUGUAAAUGUUUAUUUGGGUAUUUUGAUGAUGGUUAAUCACCAUAAUGUUAAAAAUGUGAUAUUCAAUGUCUAAGUUGUAUUGAUCAUUCUUAUUAAUGCUAAUCAUGUCCAUAAACAAGAAAAAUAGAAGCAAAUUGUAAAUGCCAAUUAGGCUAUUAUGAUGUUGGUUUAUAACUUUGUUCAAAAUGCAGUUCAAAAUGCCAGACAUGUGAAAUUUCACCAAAUAAUUGUACUUCAUGCAAUUCUAUUGAAUUUAGAGAACUUAACUUAAUAACAUAAACUUGUGAUUGCUCAAUAGGUUAUCUUGAAAUUAAUGGUAUCUGUGAGUAAUGCUAUUAAAGUUGUAAAACAUGCAUUUAAUCUAUCAAUAAAUGUAAUUCUUGUGUUUAAUUUCGAAUUUUGAAGAACGAUGAUUGCAUUUGUAAUGAUGGAAUGUACGAAUCAAAUUCUGAUAAACAAUGUAAAUUAUGUAAUAAGACUUGCUUAACCUGUGCUAAUUUAAGUAAUUACUGUUUAACAUGUUCUACUGAUAAUUUUCGAUAUUUUAAAUCUGGAAAUACUUGUGAUUGUAUGAUAGGUUAUUUCGAAAAUUCAAUUAAUUAGAAUUGUGAAAAAUGUGCAAGUUCAUGCUUGACUUGUUCCUUAUAAUAUGAUAAUUGUUUGACUUGUGAUUCUAAUCUUAAUUUAUCCUUGGUAAAUAAUAAAUGUUUAUGCUCAUAAUCUUAUUUUUUUGAUUCUAUGAGUAAUUCAUGCUAAUGUAAUAUGAAAUUAUUUAAAUUAAGAAUGCCAUUUCAGUUGUUUAGAGUGUAAUAAUAAUAAUGAAUGUACUUCAUGUCUAUUGACAACUAGACAUUUAGAUGUAGAUUAAAAGAAGUGUAUUUGUCAUAAUGGAUAUUUUGAGACAAAUUAAAAAAAUUGUUCAUGUAUAAGAACAUUAUAUAAUAUAUAGAAUGCCAUCUAUCAUGCGAGACUUGUGAAAAUAGUAAUACUUAUUGUUUAAGUUGCAUUAAUUAAUACCAUAGAUUAUUAGUAAACAACACAUGCUAGUGUAUAAAUGGCUAUUAUGAAGCUGGAAUUGAAUUAUGCUAAAAAUGCAAUAAUAUUUGUAAAACAUGCUAAUCAUCUGCUAACUCUUGUUUAUCUUGCUAUGAAAUAGAACAUUUCAGGUAUUAUUAAGGAAACAAAUGUUUAUGCUAGCCUGGAUAUUUUGAAUAAAAUACAGAGAUAUGUUUAAGUAAAAAAUAUAUUAAUUACAUAAUAGAAUGUUCUACAGAAUGUUUAACCUGUUAAGGUUCAGCUGACUAUUGUACAAGUUGUGAUACUAAUUCUAAACGAUUUGAUUAAUCAUUUAUCCAUAAAUGCCCUUGCAUUACUGGAUUUUAUUCAGAUGAAAAUAACAUAUGUUAAAGUAAAUUUGAAGAUCUAUAUUAAUAGAAUGUCAUAUCAAAUGUUAAACUUGUAUAAAUUAAAGUGACUAAUGCUUAAGUUGUAAUUAUUAAGUAAAUUCCAAUCGAAAUUCUCUAUCUGAGUAAUGUAAUUGUAAAUAUGGCUAUUUUGAUGAUGGAACAUAACUUUAAUGUUAACAGUGUAAUUUUAAGUGCAAAACUUGUGUAAAUGAUAAAAAUAAUUGUGAAAUUUGCUAAAAUUCAAUAAGAAUAAAUCCACCAAAAUGUGAUUGCAUGAAUGGAUACUAUGAAGAUGAGUAAUCUACUUGUUAAAGUAAAUUAUUAUCUUAUUAAAGUUUGUGCACCUCAAUGUGAUACAUGUCUAUUAGAGCCCACAAACUGUUUGACUUGUAAACCUGGAAGAAUUGAAUAAGAUUGUAAAUGUAUUGAUGGUUUUUUUGAAACUGGAUAAGCAUUAUGCUAAUGUAUCAAUUAUAAAUUUUAUUAAGAAUGUGCAUUUUAAUGUGUUACGUGUGAUUUUUAUCAGCUUAAUUGUAAGACUUGUAAAGGUGAUAGAUUUUAAGAGCCUUAAUGUAUUUGCUAAUCUGGGUAUUUUGAUGAUCAAUUAAAUGAAAAUUGUUAAAAAUGUGAUAGUACUUGUUUAGAAUGCGAUAUUAAUGGAUGUUUAUCUUGUUUUGCCAAUAGAAUACUAAAUCAAGAUAUGGAAUGUAUUCCUCCACCAAAUUCAAUUUGGUAUGAUGAUACGCCUUGGUGUUCAAGUACAUUAUUCUAAUAUAUAUAUUUAGCUUGCCAAGUUGCAGUUAUUAAGGUGUAUUUAUCUGAUGAUAUUAGUAAGAUUAUAAUACAUUUUGAAUUUCCUUUGAAUCCUAAGGGCUUCAAUUCAUAAAUUGAAAUUAAUAAAUGUUUAUAAUUAUUCGAAGUAGAAACUGUAUUAAAAUUUGGAUAAAAUUCUGAUUGUUAUAUUAACUAGAAAAAUAAUUAAGAAUUGUUAAUAUCUGUUGGAGAAUAUUCAAAAUUAAAAAUUGGUGAAGAAAUUCUAUUUAAAAGUAAUUCCAUUUCCCAUAUCAAUUGCGAAACUACUAUAGAAAAAUUUAUCUUCUCUAUAUUAAAGAUGCCAAUAAACCCUUUACCUCCAUUAAUUGAAUAUAAUGUACCUCAUCAUAAAUUGAACCCUUUUGCGGAUAAUUCAGUGUAUUUAAAAUCAAUCAAAAAUAAUGGAAAUAGAAAAUUAGAUAAUAUUAUUUGGAGUUGCCAAGUCAAAGCUAGUGAAAAUAGUUCUACUCUUAGGGAAUUCUUAGAUUAAAUUAAUUUUGUUUAGGAAUAUAAUCUAUUCAUACCCAAAAAUACUUUACCAGCUGGGGCAGAAAUACAAUUUAAAAUAUAAUAUGACAAUUUCAUCCUUAUUUCCUCUUAUUCAGAAUUUAUAAUAUACACUCAUAUAGGAGAUCUUCCAUAAAUUAAUAUAAAUGUCAAACCUUCUUAUUUUGUAUAUGAAACUAUUAUAAUUGGGAUUUCUGCUGGUAAUUUAGAUUAAUAAAUUUCAAAAGAUAAUUAUAAGUACUAGAUUUAACUGUUCGAAAUAGAUAGAUUUCCAUUAAAAUCUUCUUCUUCAUAAUUAAAUAUAUCAGUUCAAUCCAAUUCUUUUGAGUAAAUCAAUGCAAAUAUUUAAUAAUACACCUUAAGUCCUAAUUCAACUUAUACCUUUUAAGUUAUUGCUACAAAUUUAUAAACUUAGAAAUUUCAAUAAUAAGACUUCACUAUUAAUAUUCCAUUUGGUGGAUUAAUAUGCUAAUUUAAUAAUGGAGGGAUAUAGAAUAUAAGACAAGAUUUAAAUCUCUUAAUCUAUUGUAAAGAUUUAGACACAAAAUAUGAUUGGAACGAUGAUCUUGAUUUGUUGAUAAAUGUAGACUGUAGGGAUUUAUCAUUAAAUAGUACUUGUUAAACUGGAUAAAAAUAAAUCAUUAAAGUUAAUACAACGGAUACGUAUUAAUUCAUCAAAAGGAAUACUAUUUCCUCUUAUUCAGUAUAAGAAUGGACCGUUAAGGUGACAAAAUUUCAAUAAACUUAGAAAUUUGUUUUGAUAAUUGUUUAUCUUGAUAAUGAUUUUCCAGUAUUAGAACUAGAAUUUAACAAGGGCUACUUAAUGAGAAAAAUCAAUAAUUUUGAAUAACUUAAUUUUACAUUUUUAAUCCCUUUCGAUUAAAAACCUUAACUAUUAGAGUUUUCAAUUGCAAUAAUAUACAACUAUGAAUUAAUUAAAAUACAUUAGCCUAAAUAUGUUUCAUAUUAAUUCAAGAUAUUUGAUAGUAUCAAAGAAUUAAAUUUUGGAGAUACGAUCAAUUUAAAAUUUUUAGCCUAAUAUACAAACAGUAUUAUGCCAAGUCUAUAUAAUUUAAAACUAUCUAUAAAUUAGCCCCCCCAAUGUUCAAAACUGUUUGUUACUCGCUCAAGUGACCUAGCACUUACCGAAAUCAAUGUAACAACUACAUGCGAACAAUCAAAUGACUUUCCGUACAGAUAUUAACUAAAAUUAUUUUUGAGAGAAACAGAUCUGACAGGGUUUUUGCAAGGAUAAUUGGACAAUUCUUUAACUUUUCAUUCAUUUUAGGAUAAAAAUGUAUUCUCAUUAUAAAUUCCUUAAUCUGUUGACUCCUCAACAGUGGGAGUCCUUAUUUAAGUGCUUGAUAGUGGAGGGUCAAUAUCUCAAAUUUUUGAAAGAAUAACUUCAUAACCUGGUAACAUUAAUUGUUCCUAAUCUUAAUAUUAGAAUAAUAAUUUAUAAUAUAUAGUAUCAUUGUUAUUUGAAGCAAUGAAUCAGAAUUGCAGUUAAUUAUACCAAAAAAUAUAUCGUGAUUUGCUUUAUGGAUAAAUUUUGCAAGAUUCAAAUGAUAAUAAUCUCAAAUUUUAGGCUAUAAAGUUAUACAAUUAGUUUUAACAGGCAAAAAUUAAACCUAAAAAUCGUCUAUUAAAUGAAGAAAAUCCAUUGAUAUGCUAUGAUGUAAAUACAACUCAUUAUUAUGUUACAUAAAAAUCAUCUGAAAUUCAGACCAAUUUAUCACAAAAAAUAAUAGACUUUUAAAAUAAUAUUGUUAAUUUAAACAGAACUUUAAAAUAUUUAAUCUAAAUAAAAAAAGAAUGUGAAGAUGAACUUUUACGAAAUUAAUACAUUUGGAAUGAAGAGAUAUUUUAAUAGUUAUAAUACUCUUAAGACAGUUUACUAAAUCUAUUAUAUUUUCUUGAUGAUAUAUAUUCAGAUUUUUCAAAAAUUAAUACAAAAAAUGAAACAAUCUAUCAAAUUAUUUUUGAUUUAUUAAAUUACAUUCCAAAGAUUGUAUCAGAAAUAUAAAACACAAUACUUGUUAACGAUAAGCCUGUAGUUGUUUAAGGAGAUGAGAUUCUUUGGUAAAUUAAAAGAAGAACAAAAUCAGACUUCAAUAAGAUUUUUUAGAUUGAAGCAACAUAAGAAGAUUAUCUUUUAGAUUUUAUAUAAUUUGAAUAAACAUCAUUAGUAUCAAAUCCAUUAAGAUUUACUUCCGACCUUGAUAAUCAACUGUAGCAAGUCUUUAACGAUCAAACUUUAAAAAUUUACUCUUAAAAUUACAACUAAAUAAAAUUAUAAAACUUUUAUAAAAACAGAUUUCUUUAAUUUGAUAGUUUUCCUUCCACAUACAGUACAAAGUUUGGAACCUAUUAACUUUGUUUAAAUGAUACUUAAAUAAUAAAAGUAUAUGAGAUGUAGUGUGUACUUAGAACAAUAUCUGGAGACUUUCAUAAGUGCAAAUUAAAUAGAAUUCUUAAGAAUGAUACAAUGGAGUAAAAUUGCGAGUGUAAUAAGUUUGGAGAAAUUUUCCUUACAACCUCCUACAAUCUAAGUAAAGUAAUUGUAAACGAUACUUUUGAAUAAAAAUAGCAGUUUGAUAAUUUUUACUUAUCACAAUAUUUUUUGCUAUUGCUAAUUUGUGUUAGCUCUUUAAUAUUAAUACAAUUGGUAAUCUACAUAUUCUAUCUCAUCAAAGAUUGCAAAAACUAACAAAAAAAUUCUGUAUAAAGUAAAAUAGAUCCGCAAAUCAAUUUGGAUAAACAAACACUUAUUUAUAUUGGAAAUUCUGCAGUUUUCAAACAAAAAUUUAAAGUAAUAAUUAAUUUUAUCAAUAGUAAAUCCAUUAAACUAUUUCAUUUUUAUAUUAUAGAGACUAACACAUUCAACUUAGUUAUAGGAUUUUAGAAGUACUCUCAUAAUUCAAUAUAUUAUUAUGUUUAACAAUUAUUGAAUGCUAUGAUUAAAUUAAUCAAAUUCUAAUUAUUUGUGUUCUAAUUGUUGCAAAUCCUAUUAUCAUUUUGAUUUUGAGAAUAAUUUAUAAAAUAGUUGAAGCUAUUUAUAGAUUCGGAAAAAUUGCAGCUGCUAUUAGUAACUUUAUACUAAUAAUUUUAUUGAUGGCACCCAACGUUGUCUUACUUAUAUUUUACUAAUAAAAGUAAUUUAUUAUACUAUUAAAGAAUAUAAAUAUAAUUAGGAUAAUAUUAAGUUGCCAUAAUCUUUUUUGGAAAUAUUGUAAUAUGGCAACUUCUUAUUGAACCAAUUACAGUCUUUGCUAGAAUCAUUGUUUAUAGAUUGAUAGCCUCAAGUCUAAAAAAUAUGGAGAUGAAUUCUAUUUACCAUUUGAUGCAUUUUUUUGUAAUGCAUAGCAGUUUAGAAGAAAUAUUUGAAGAGUUUACAAAAAUAUGA